CUCUAUUUCUCGGGCCUUGAUGAAAUAAAGAAAAACCCUUUAAACAAUUCAUUUCAUACGACUUGACGUGAUCCAAGAGCUCUAGAAGCUCUAGUAGCAAUUUGUGUGCAAUAAUCAGGACUAAAAAUGCAUUCCCGUCAAUUGGAGCAGCGGAGAAGUCUGCUGCCUUCUGAUCCAUUGGCCAACUUCAAAUUGAUUCCAGCCAGAGGUCUCUUCGCCUCCAUCGCCGCCUUCUUCCUCUUUAACCCAGGGCGAAAGCAAGCUACGAUCCGAAGUCAACACCCCUACUUCGUCGACAAUGGCGAGGCGCGAUAGGGUAAAGGCUGCCAUGGCCAUCGCUUGUGUCUUUGUUGCUGCCACCUUCCUGUUUGUGGCGCAAAUUUAUCGGCGACGGAGGCAGCGAGAGGGCGGUGCCUGCCGGCGGCGCUGCUCGGAGGUGGAGGACAAGCCCCAGAAUUUUUUCAAGUGCGUGGGGGCUGAGAAUUCUUAUACACCUUUCAAGCAUUUCAAGCGCGAGGGCAAGGAGAAAGAAAUCUCUUUGAAAAUGCAUCCAUAUGAAGAAGAGAUCAACUUUUUGCUGGAGCACCCCCCACUGUUAGUGAAGCUGUUUACUAAUCAUCUAAAUUCGGACAUGGGCAAUUCUUAUUUAUGGAUAAGGACAAAGCAUCAACUAGAGUCUCUUGCCGAGACACUAAGUAAGGAAAAGGUUUUUGCCGUUGAUACAGAACAGCAUAGUCUCCGGUCAUUCCUUGGAUUUACUGCUCUAAUGCAGAUUUCUACUCAGAAGGAAGAUUUUUUGGUGGAUACUAUCGCUUUGCAUGAUGAUAUGGGCAUUUUGCGGCCUGUUUUUGCAGACCCCUCUAUUUGCAAGGUAUUCCAUGGUGCUGAUAGUGACGUCCUCUGGCUUCAGAGGGACUUCCAUAUAUAUGUUGUGAACAUGUUUGAUACAUCAAAGGCAUGUGAGGUUCUGUCAAAACCACAGAAAUCAUUAGCUUUCUUACUCGAGACAUAUUGUGAUGUGCUAACUGACAAAUCUUUACAGCGUGAAGACUGGAGACAACGUCCACUAUCUGCAGAAAUGAUUCAAUAUGCCCGUACUGAUGCUCACUAUCUAUUACGCAUUGCUGAUUGUCUAGCCGCAGAGCUCAGGAGAGGACUUGAUAAAUCUGCUUGUCCCGAUGACAAAUUCAAUUUUUUCUUGGAGGCCAGUCGGAGAUCAAACACGGUGUGCUUGCAGCUUUAUGCAAAGGAGAUUGAAUCAUCUCCUGGAGCUUCUGCUGCAGCUUCUAUCCUUUCACGUAACUGGAACAAGGAUGGAGUUUCUACAUGUAGGACUGCUCAAACGAAGGACCUUAUUUGGAAAGUUUGUGCAUGGAGAGAUUUAGUGGCACGAAUCCAUGAUGAAAGUUUGCGUUAUGUUUUGUCAGAUUAUGCCAUUGUCAACUUAUCCAUGAAUGUUCCAACAAGCCCGGAAAAGAUAUUUGAAAUUAUAGAAGAAGCUGAUUUCAGUUAUAAUUCUCAAAGUAGCUACCCUUCCUUUUUAUCUCCAUCACCUGUUGUUAGAACCCAUAUAGAUGAACUUUGGUUGCUCCUUCAAUAUCCUGAUUCGGACAUUAGUGAUGUGCUUAUGAGACAUCAACAAAAGCACUUAGAUACACUUGGCUGCUGUCCUCUAUCAAUUUAUAAUUAUUCUCUUUUAUCGGAGAUCACUUUGAAACAAAAUGUUACACCUUUCUCAUGGCAAAGUGGAGGAAAAUCCACUGCAACAGCUGGUAGGAAGUCGUCCCGUGAGCAUUUUGUUCAGAAGUUCUCUUGCAAAUCUCCAGUUUACCAUAAUUGCAGGAUAUAUGCUAAUGAUGGACGACUCCUUUGUUAUUGUGAUCGCCGAAAGCUGGACUGGUACCUUCAACGUGAUUUAGCGAAGAUUGUAGAAGAGGAACCUCCUGCAAUAAUGCUUCUUUUUGAGCCUAAAGGGCGCCCAGAAGAUGAGGGUAAUGAAUUUUACAUUCAGAGCAAGAAGAACAUAUGUGUUGGCUGUGGCGAAAAAAAUCACUAUCUUCGCUACCGAAUAAUACCUUCUUGCUAUCGAAUGCAUUUUCCAGAGCAUUUGAAAAGCCAUCGUUCACAUGAUAUUGUUCUCCUCUGUGUUGAUUGUCAUGAAAAUGCUCAUGCUGCUGCUGAGAAGCACAAAAAGAAGGUAGCGGAAGAAUUUGGUAUCCCUCUUUUUGUGGAGAAGAUUGCUGAUUCAGAAGAAAGCAAUGCUGUUAUGGUGAAACAAUUGUCUGAAAGAGGAGGUGAGGAGAAAGGUGUCCCCCCCUUGCAGCUGAGAACUGCAGCCAUGGCACUUCUCCGCAAUGGAUCCCACAUGCCAUCAAAAAGGAAGGAUGAGCUCAUGCAGAUUGUUAAGGCAUAUUUCGGGGGAAGGGAAGUACUUCCAGAAGAUCUUGAAACAGCUUUACUUGUUGGUAUGAGUCCUAACGAAAGAAAACGUGUCGAGAAGAAAAGAGGGUUAUCUUUGAGGCAUGUUAAAGCUUGUGUUUCUAAAGGAAAUGACUCAUCUCCUCUUCUAGGAACUCCAUCAAAUUCUCAGUUAGAGAACAUCAAAUGCAGCUUGGAGGAAAGAUUAGAAGAUAAAGGAAAUAUGGAGAUUAAUCUUGAGCUAAAAUGUAUAUCCAAUCAUGUCAUUGAAGGGAUCCCGGCAGUUGAUGAACAAAAUUCUAAUGAAAGCUCCAGACAGAUUGAGGAAAGAAAAGGUUUAGGAAGAGAUGUUUGUGCUUCCAGUGAGAGCAAUGGAAAUGGCAUUCCAGAACAACAAAGGGCUGAAUCUGCUCAAAGUUGCAAAUCGGAUCCAGGUUAUUCCUCCAUUCGUGCCAAUAAACUAUCAUUAUUAGGUCAUGGACAUCAUGGAAAAGAAGUUGUGAAGAGAUUGCUCGUAGAACAUGGUGAAGAUGGUAUACUCCAGUUUUGUCAGAAGUGGAGGCAAGUUUUUGUGGAAGGAGUUAAUCCACGUUUUCUUCCUCGUGGUUGGGAUAUAAUGCACAGUGGAAGGCGGGAUUUCGGUGAUUUCAGUGCUUACAACCCUGCGAAGAAAAAUGCAGCUGCCUGAAUUUAAACAAUUGCAAUGCUGAGUUUUUUUCCAUUCAUCAUUCAUCAUUCAUCAUUCAUCAUUCAUCAUGGUUGAUUGUUGGGGGAUUUCUGUUUUGCUGCAAAAUUUCAAGGUAUUUAUAUAUCUGACGCUUAAAUUGUUAUAUUUAUUUAUAUGAUAUUUUAGUGUCUA